AUGGAGAAUAAAGGAGGAUUGAUAAGAAUGUUCACAUCUUAUGAAUGUACAAUAACCAAGUUUGCAAAAACAAGUGAAGGAAAGCAAAUUGAAGAAGUGGUUAUGGAUAAAGAGUUUUGGAAAAAUAUUGUUAUUUGUUGUAAUCGUGCUUAUCCUCUGAUUAAAGUACUUCGCUUAGUGGAUUUUGGUGAAAUUCCAGCGAUGGGAUUAAUUUAUGAGGAAAUGGACAAAGCUAAAGAGAAAAUUCAAGCUAACUUCAAUGGUGUUCAAAGAAGUUACAAGCCUUUAUGGGAUAUAAUUGAUGAAAGGUGA